GUGACUGUCCCGGCAGGAGUGGGAGUCCCCGCAGGCCCGCAGCUCCACGGGGCGGACGCUUCCUCUCCAAACCACCGCCUCUAUCCCUCCAACUGCAGCGGGACAGAUUUAUGCCGCGGCUCCCUGCGUGCGCGAGCGCCAGUCCAGCCUUCGGGACGGUGAGACCGAGUCAGAAAAAAGAAGAAGUGCGAAGACGGGACGGGAAGCCCCGUGUGUGGGAGAUGAGCGAUGGUUCGGUGAAAAUAGUCCGGUUGUCGUGUCGCCAGCGAGGGAAACUCAAAGCGAGUGUUGUUUUCGGAGCCGCUCCUCCACUCUCCCCGUAGGAUCUGAUUCAAAGGCGAAAACCAAGAUGGCCGCCGACUCCGUGCAGGGGGAUACCAGGGGCCAGCUGGUGUCCGAGAGACUCGGUUUGGGUAACAACUUGGACCUGUCAGAUACGAUGGUCCAGCAGAAGCUGGAUGAGAUCAAGGAGCAGAUCCGCCGCGAGAUCCGCAAGGAGUUAAAGAUCAAGGAAGGAGCGGAGAACCUGCGCAAGGUUACCACAGACAAAAAGAGCCUGGCUUAUGUCGACAACAUGCUCAAGAAAUCUAACAAGAAGGUUGUAGAGCUUCACCAGGAGCUACAAGAACUGAAUGCACAUAUUGUGGUCAAGGACCCAGAAGAACUUCUAGAAAGCCCCGUAACUCCAGAUACCCCAAACAGUGAAGUACGAAUGUGCACCAGCAGCAGCCGCCUUGCAGCCCUCAAACGACAGAAUGACAUCGAGCUGAAGGUGAAACAGGGCGCUGAGAACAUGAUUCUGAUGUACUCCAACGGGUCCUCCAAGGAUCGUAAGUUACUUGCAGCUGCCCAGCAGAUGCUGCAGGACAGCAAGACAAAGAUUGAGUUCAUCAGGAUGCAGAUCCUCAAGGCCAGUCAAGCCACUGAGCUGAGCUUUGAGAGCAAUGACGUGAUGGACAAGUCCAUCAUCAGCCCUUUAGACCUUCGAGUGGAGGAGCUGUGUCAUCAUGCCAAGAUUGAAUCUGCGGUGGCAGAGGGGGCAAAAAAUGUCAUGAAACUCCUAGGCUCUGGAAAAUUCACAGAAAAGAAAGCACAUUCAGAGGCCCAGGCUCGCUUUACUGAGUCCAGUCAGAAGCUUGACCUUCUGCGAUAUUCUUUGGAACAGCGUCUCAGUGAGUUGCCAAAACAUCAUCCUCGCAGCAGCGCCAUCAUAGAAGAGUUGUCUCUGCUGUCCUCGCCGGCACUCAGCCCCAGAUCCAGUAUCAUCUCUACGCAAAACCAGUACACAACCGUAACCAAGCCUGCAGCACUCACAGGAACGUUAGACGUCAGGCUCAUGGGCUGUCAGGACCUUUUGGAAAAUGUUCCUGGUCGUUCCAAAGCCACCCCCGUCCCGCUUCCUGGCUGGAGCCCCAGCGAGGGUCGCUCAUCCUUUAUCAGCCGCACAAACCGAAACAGGGGCGUGAGCUCGAGGAACCUAACAAAGAGCGAGGAGCUCUGCAAUGAGAUCAGUGCAGUGCUAAAGUUGGACAACACAGUAGUUGGACAAACGAGCUGGAGACCCGUCAGCAACCAAGCCUGGGACCAGAAGUUUACACUGGAGCUGGACCGGUCCCGGGAGCUGGAGAUCUCUGUGUACUGGCGUGACUGGCGUUCGCUCUGUGCUGUCAAGUUCUUACGGCUGGAGGACUUCCUGGAUAACCAGCGCCAUGGAAUGUGUCUUUACCUGGAGCCACAAGGGAUGCUGUUCGCUGAGGGAAGACUUUCUUGCGAGCACCCCAGAUGAACAUCAACAUCGCCACCUGGGGCCGGCUGGUGAGAAGAGCCAUACCUACAGUCAGCUCCAACUCUUUCAGUCCUCAGGCACCUGAGAUGGGUCAAAGCAGCCUGCCUGGUUCACCCACACCCAGCAGUGACCCGCUGGUGACUAAGCUGGACUUUGACAAAGAGCCUACACCAGAACCUAAACAUUACCCUCCACCUGAUGAUGUUCGAGAAGCGCCUGCACAGCAUAAGAUGGCCAACAAAGAUGAAGUUCAGGAUGCCCUCAGUGCGUACGACUUCCUGAAGAGGAACAGCACGGUCAUGGAGCCGGACAUGGACGGGCUGCUGGAGCGGGACUUUCACUAUCCAGACCCAGAGCUCACCUCCAUCCUGAAAGAUACAGAGAUAAGGGAAGAAGAGCAGUUCCACUUCAGUCUCCAAGACUUCAGAUGUGUGGCUGUUCUUGGACGAGGUCACUUUGGAAAGGUGCUGUUAUCAGAAUAUAAAACCACAGGGGAGAUGUUCGCCAUCAAAGCUUUGAAGAAAGGAGAUAUAGUGGCUCGAGAUGAGGUUGACAGCCUCAUGUGUGAGAAGAGGAUUUUUGAGACGGUCAACAGCGUCCGCCACCCCUUCCUGGUCAACCUGUUUGCGUGCUUCCAGACGGCGGAGCAUGUUUGUUUCGUCAUGGAGUACGCGGCGGGAGGCGACCUGAUGAUGCACAUCCACGCUGAUGUUUUCUCCGAGCCGCGGGCCAAAUUUUAUGCAGCGUGUGUUGUGCUGGGAUUGCAGUUUUUACAUGACCACAAGAUUGUGUACAGAGAUCUGAAGCUGGAUAACCUGCUCCUGGAUACGGAGGGCUAUGUGAAGAUUGCUGACUUUGGGCUUUGCAAAGAAGGGAUGGGCUACAGGGACCGGACCAGCACGUUCUGUGGCACCCCAGAGUUCUUGGCUCCAGAAGUCUUAACAGAAACGUCGUACACGCGUGCUGUGGACUGGUGGGGCCUGGGGGUCCUCAUCUUUGAGAUGCUAGUUGGAGAGUCGCCCUUCCCCGGUGAUGAUGAGGAGGAGGUAUUUGACAGCAUCGUAAACGAUGAAGUUCGUUACCCACGAUUUCUUUCGACGGAUGCCAUCACCAUCAUGAGGAGGCUUUUGAGGAGGAGUCCAGAACGACGUCUUGGAGCAGGAGAGAAGGAUGCAGAGGAAGUAAAGAAACAUCCUUUCUUCAAGUACAUGGAGUGGGAUGAUCUGUUGGCCAAGAAGGUGAAGCCGCCAUUUGUGCCCACCAUCCAGGGCGCCAACGACGUCAGCAACUUUGACGACGAAUUUACCUCAGAGGCUCCAAUUUUAACCCCCCCGAGGGAACCCCGAAUGCUGAACUCAGAGGAGCAGAACCAGUUUUCUGACUUUGAUUACAUUGCUGACUGGUGUUAGCUUCAUGUGGACCUCAGGCAGACAGACUGACGGACACUGAACUCAAACACAGCGGCUGUAGCUGACAUGGAUUUGCUUUAAUCUGCCCUGAAUGUUCAGAACAUCAACCAGAACCUCCGUGCCACUGAGAAGAAAACCCAGAUGAAGCCUCAUCAGGAGCUACAGUCGUGUUUUUUUAUCAGCAUGAAGAAAAAUUUUAAAAGAAUUCAAAAGGACUUCAGUUGAAGGUCGAUGGAUGUCCUUCAUCACCGUCAUGUGUUUUGACUGACCUCUGAGAAGAUUUUAUUACAUAAGAACUGAGAAAACGACAUCACGGUCAUGGUUGUCGGUGUCAGUCUUGUUUUUUUUACCUGUACAGAUCAUAUUCAGUUGCAUCGUUUGUGUUUCGUUGUAAAGCCCUCACAGAGAUCCUGUCUGAAAUGUCACUGAACGGUCACCCACAGCAAACGUGUUGACUACUACUGCUGCUUCCUGACUUGAAAAACCCAAGUGAGCCUAAUCACUACGUCCUCAUCUUCAUCCUCCUGACUUCAGUUCAUCCAGCGUUACACCUGCAGCGUAUUUAGGAAACUUCUGGUUGGAGAAGACUUGUUUGAGGAGAUGAAACGGAUUAUUUCUGCUCUGGCGCCCCCUGGUGUUCACACUUUUUAUUUUUUACUUGAGCUCAGUUCAAGCAGUACAGAUCUUUUGAAGUAGGGUUCUGAGGCGAUGUUUUGAACAGUAAAUGUCUUACCUGUUGCAGAUAGCUCUUUGAAUGACCUCUGUUUGGGGAAAGGAUUUGGUUCUGGUUAGAUUGAUGAACAGCUGUCAGGACUGUCUAACCCUUUACAUGUCCCUGUUGUUUCCAGGGAAUGCUGCUGCCACCCGCCAUAGAAAGACGAAGGCAGACGACGUCUGCAUGUUCAUGUCCGUCUGUUAGCAAAAUAGCUCAUGAACCACAGGAUGGAUUUUAAUGAAACUCAAAAACGUCUAUAACUCGGUCAAGUUUACAGACGUGGAGCAGCAGUCGGGGGGUGGUAGCUGAGAGU